CAUCCUUCUUUCCUUCCUCCUCCUUCCUCCAAAAGCUAUCCAUGUUGUCUACUGUUGUAAGGAUCCCGCGUGCGCGAGCGGCUCUUCGCGCAUUGUCAACCUGGUCUGCAGUCCCAGCUGGUCCGCCCGACCCAAUUCUCGGUGUCACUGAAGCGUUCAAAGCAGACAAAGAUCCCCGCAAAAUCAAUUUGGGCGUGGGCGCGUACCGUGAUGGUGACGGCAAGCCCUAUGUUCUUCCUAGUGUAAAGAAGGCUGAACAUGUCUUGUCAUCAACCGAGCUCGACAAGGAGUACCUUCCCAUCACGGGUCUUCCUGAGUUCACAAAAAAUGCGGCUAAGCUCGCGUACAGCGCAGAAAGCAAACCCUUGGUUGAAAACUCUAUUGCUGUCACACAAUCAAUCUCGGGAACUGGUGCACUUCGCAUUGGUGGUGCUUUCCUCGCCCGAUUUUACCCAAACGCCAAGGUCAUCUACCUGCCAGUGCCCUCGUGGGGAAACCACACACCAGUCUUCCGUGACUCCGGACUUGAAGUUAGAGGCUACCGCUACUUCGACAAGAAGACCGUUGGUCUUGACUUUGCCGGACUGAAGGAGGACUUGUUGAACGCGCCUGAACAAAGCAUUGUUCUCCUUCAUGCGUGUGCACACAACCCAACAGGUAUUGACCCGACCCAAGAGCAGUGGAAAGAGAUCUCAAACAUCGUUAAGGAGAAGAAACUUUUCCCUUUCUUUGACAUGGCCUAUCAAGGUUUUGCUUCGGGUUCUACAUCGCGUGACGCCUUUGCAGUUAGACACUUUGUAGAGGAAGGUCAUCAGAUCGCACUCGCCCAGUCCUUUGCGAAGAACAUGGGUCUAUACGGCGAGCGUGUUGGGGCGUUCUCUUUGACGACUGCUUCUCCCGAAGAGAAGGCACGUGUAGAUAGUCAAUUGAAGAUAGUCAUCCGCCCUAUGUACUCUAACCCGCCUGUUCACGGUGCGCGUAUUGCGAAUACUAUCUUGAGCUCACCAGAGCUCUAUUCGCAAUGGGAAGGUGAAGUAAAAGGGAUGGCAGACCGAAUAAUCAGCAUGCGUUCAAAACUCUAUGACAUUCUCGUCGGCCUAAACACUCCGGGAGAGUGGGGCCACAUCAAGUCGCAAAUCGGAAUGUUCAGCUUCACUGGGUUGACUCAGCCUCAAACCAGAGCAUUGGCCGAAAAGGCUCACAUUUACAUGACAGCAGACGGUCGCAUCUCAAUGGCUGGGUUGAAUGCAAAGAACAUCGAAUACUUUGCAGAGUCUGUUUCAAAGGCAGUCAAGGGAGAGCUCUAAGGGUUUCCAGCUUCAGCGACUUUGCCAUGCACGAAAGGCAUGUUUGUGGAGACCAAGCCAAUGUGUCCCAUCUCAAUGCCUACAGAGCUUCUAUAGACCGGUCGGUAUAGAGUUACAGUAUCGAUAUCUAAGCUUCAGUUAGAGACUCGGACUUUGGAUUGGCUUAUAGAAUCCAGCAAAUACCAGUUUUCUUUAUGCUAUU